CGUGCUUCUCUUUCCUGCUACGGCAGCGGGCAGCGACGGCGGGGGUUGCAGUCUUGUACCUAGAUAAAUCUGGGUGAAAUGUUUAUCAAUUUGAAACCUGUUCAUAUGAACUUAUCAUUCCGACAUCUGGUUCAUGCUCUGGCCUAUUAUAGGCAGGGUUCCUUAAAACUCAAAAAACAUGCCCAUCUCAAGAACCAUCUGCACACAACCAGGGCAACCUCUUCAGGAAAGAAUGCUCCAGUGUUCACCAGAGCUUUGGCAUAUGGGGACAAAAUAGCCCUAGUUGACCACCGUGGACAGUACACGUACAAAGACCUUUACUAUAGUAGUGUUCGCUUGUCGCAGGAAAUAUGCAAGAUUCACAACUGUCUCAGUGGAGACAUUAAGGGAGAAAGGAUCUCCUUCAUCUGCUCCAAUGAUGUGUCUUACGUCAUUGCCCAAUGGGCAUCCUGGAUGAGUGGAGGCAUCGCUGUUCCUCUGUACAAGAAGCAUCCAGCCUCUGAACUGGAGUAUGUCAUUCGAGACUCCCAGAGCUCUUUGGUCAUUGCUGGCAAUGAGUAUGUGGAUCUUCUAACCCCUAUUGUUACCAAGAUAGGGGUACCAUUUUUGCCCCUUUCAUCCACAGUCUGUGGCAGAGAAGCAGAUGAGCCAACCAAAGAGCACACUCCCCAGUUAGAGUGGAACAAUAGAGGCGCCAUGAUCAUCUACACAAGUGGGACUACGGGAAGACCCAAAGGAGUUCUAAGCACACAUCAGAAUUUAAAAGCGGUGAUCACUGGGCUUGUUGACAAAUGGGCAUGGACUAAAGAUGAUGUGAUUCUUCAUGUCCUUCCAUUGCACCAUGUCCACGGCGUGGUCAAUAAGUUGCUUUGUCCACUCUGGGUGGGAGCUACCUGUGUUAUGCUACCUGAAUUCAAUGCCAAAGUGGUCUGGGAAAAGUUUUUAAGCUCUGAAAAGCCACGGAUCAAUGUUUUUAUGGCAGUACCUACCAUUUAUUCCAAAUUGAUGGAUUAUUAUGAUCAACAUUUUACUCAGCCUCACGUCCAGGAUUUUAUACGUGCAGUCUGUGGAGAAAAAAUCAGGUUAAUGGUUUCAGGAUCUGCUGCCCUCCCAGUGCCUGUCCUAGAGAGGUGGAAGAAGCUCACAGGACACACUUUGCUGGAGAGAUAUGGAAUGACAGAGAUUGGAAUGGCACUGUCUAACCCCCUGAUGGGUACUCGUGUCCCAGGUGCUGUGGGUACUCCAUUACCUGGAGUAGAGGUAUGCAUUGUCUCUGAGAACUCCAGGAAGGAGAACCACUCUUACCUCAUUCAUGCCCAAGGAGACCAGAAUGGAACUAAGGUGACUCCAGGUUCAGAGGACAAAGAAGGGGAACUUUUGGUGAGAGGUCCUACAGUAUUUCAAGAAUACUGGAACAAACCUGAAGAAACCAAGAAUGCUUUCACACCUGAUGGCUGGUUUAAAACAGGAGAUACAGCUGUGUUUAAGGAUAACAGGUACUGGAUCAUGGGCCGGACAUCUGUGGACAUCAUUAAAAGCGGGGGCUAUAAAAUCAGCGCUCUGGAAGUUGAGCGCCAUUUACUGAGCCACCCUAGUAUCAUGGACGUGGCUGUCAUUGGCGUUCCAGAUAUGACCUGGGGCCAGCGGAUCACUGCUGUGGUCAAGCUUCGUGAAGGCCAAUCGCUCUCUUACAAAGACCUGAAAGAAUGGGCAAGAGGAUUCAUGGCGGCGUACACCAUCCCUUCCGAGCUCUUGCUAGUUGAGGAAAUCCCACGGAACCAGAUGGGGAAAAUCAACAAAAAGGAUCUCCUCAAACAGUUCUACCCUGCUUAGCCAGACCCAAAGCCCAGGUGAUCGGAGCCCUUUAAUGCCAGACUCUCCCCCUAUGAUUGGACCUUGGGAAAAGGCAAGAACAAACAGAGGCAUCUCCUCUUUCAAUCAGCGGUAUCAGAGCUGCUUAAACAGAAUUAAGCAAUGAUUGUUCUAGAUUUAAUCUGGUUGUGCUUUUCCAGAGUCUCAAAUGGAUUGCUAAAUGCAGAGCAGUCAAAAUGCCCCCCUCUGCUUUCUCACAAAGGAGGGCUCUUUUUCCUGCUCUCCUCCCAAUCCGCAUCUGAGGACAUGUUACCCAUCUCGCUGUUUUUAAUAGGUAUCCGGUGUGUCCCUGCAGAGCUCCAUGCUAACCGUCCAGGAUAAAAAGGGAGAAGUGGGCCAGGGGGCUGGCAAGAUGCUUUUCCCCUCCAGCCACUGGGUACCUCAUCCCCAGCUCCCAUCCGCUAAGGCUUUGGACUUGUUGCUGACGGUGGUGGUGGCCACUUUCCCAGUGAAACGCUUUGGUGUAGCAUAAACAUGUCAGUGGGGGUCUCCCCAGCCCUCUAAGCAAGAUCAGUUCAAAGAACUGAAUUAAAAAGAAACCAUCAAAACCAA